CCAAGAAAACUGUCAACCCUGUGAUGGUGAAGAGUGAGCGAGUUAGCUAAUGUGGUAGAUGGCGGGAGUGAUCUCGUGUGAUAUAACUGUGUUAGAUUAGUUUUUAAAUUUUAGUGUAAAAUAAAAAAAUAGUUAUUAAAAUGACAAGAGCUAAAAUAGAACUUGGCGAUGUGACACCGCAUAAUAUUAAACAAUUAAAGAAGUUGAACACAGUCGUGUUUCCAGUUUCCUACAACGACAAAUUUUACAAAGAUGUUUUAGAGGCUGGCGAACUGGCAAAACUUGCUUAUUACAAUGAUAUCGUGGUCGGAGCGGUCUGUUGUAGAAUAGAUACGUCGGAUAAUUCCAGACGAUUGUACAUAAUGACACUGGGGUGCCUGUACCCUUACAGAAGACUUGGAAUAGGCACUCUAAUGGUGGAACAUGUGCUCAAGUAUGUUGAACAGGAUGGCAAUUUUGACAGCAUUUUCUUGCAUGUACAAGUAAACAAUGAAGGUGCAAUAGAUUUUUACAAGAAAUUUGGCUUCGAAAUUGUUGAGACGAAAGAGCAUUACUACAAAAGAAUAGAGCCAGCUGAUGCACAUGUUCUGCAAAAAACAAUAAGACAACCUCAAUCACCCCCAAUGCUGAAUGGAACUGUCCCUCAUGCGAAAACUAAUGGUCAUGAUUGAAAAGCUUAGAUCCCCACUGUCUCAACUCAGUUGUUAUUGCAAAAAGGAGCAAGUGAUAAAUAACAUAAGAAUCAUAAUCAAGUCACUUAUAUAUUCACAAAUGGAUAAAAUGAUAAUUGUAAUGAAUGGAAUAAUAUGUAGGGUUGUGGUUGUGGACUUCUGAGGCCAUAAUGAUAGGUAUAAUAUGACUGAUUUCAUUGUAAUAUCAAUGUCAAACCUUGUACUGUACAUAUAUUAAGUACUUGCAUGUUAUUGACCAAAAUAAUCCAAUUUGCAUUUUCUCAAUAUGAGCCUACAAUCUUGAUCCUUUACAGGAAUGAAACUACUGAUGAAUUUUUUAAUAGCUUAGUAUUUGUAAAUUAAUUCUUCUCAAUUUGGAUAAUAUGUAAAGUAACAUGUAAUUAGCUCUAGGCAGUGUUUUAAUUAAACUUGAUGGAUUGCAAAAUUUUGUGUCCAUUUUUACGGUGUAAUAAUGUAAGAUUUACUGUAAGUGCAGAUCACUCUGAUGUAACUUUCUUUUUUUUUAUCUCGAAUUAUCCGUAAAUAUCUUUUAAAGAUGUCACCUCGCAAUUGUUUGAUUUUUUUUUUGUAGAUACCUCAACAUGUUCAUUAUUUUAGCAAUUUUUUAUAUUUCCGUGUGACAGUUGUUGUUGUUUUUAUUAUAACUAUAUUUUUAUUUUAUCUCCUAAGAAAGAAUUGUUAAAAAUAUUUCAAAAUUGUCUGUGUUUAAAAAAAUAUAUGUUAAAUAUACUCUUCCCACUAUAAUCAAUAGGUGUUACCAAAAGUCAAUUUGUCUGCUGUCAAAAUAAUCAAAUUAAUUUGUUGAUUAUCAUGUUUCUCUAAAACUUUUAGAAUUAGUACAAUAAACAUGAUUAACAUUU